AUGGUGAAUCAGCAACACCAAGGCAGCGGUCCCAAGUGGCCGCCGCGAAGGCUUCUACUUAUCCAUCGACGAGGCCUAAUAAUCACAAGCUUGAUCUUCUUCGCCAUUUCUGUAAUCUGCUUUGUCGGAGUUGCUACAAUCGAGACGGCGAGUCUUGAACGACGGGCUCUCGCUGAGCGACAGUUUCAGCUGGGCGGGUUUUUAGGAGGCAUGUUUCGAGAGGCAGUCGAUACUUCAACCGCCAGAACUUUGCCUGCGGUGCACACCACAAAUCAAGACCCCGCUGCCUCCCUAUCUACGACAAUCCGUGUGACAGAGGCUGCCACAACUAUAAGCAGUCUGCCUGAAACGACAGAAAUCAGCGAAUCAAAAGCUUCUCUUAUCAAUGUCAAUUCACUGCUAGAAUCAUUGGCAGAUGCGGUAAAAGAGGCAUUCGUGGAAUCGAAUCAACCGUCAACGUCUGCGGCGAAACAUCGUCAGAAGAACGUUUUGUCCGAUAUGAUUGGGGGUCAGUCAAACGCAUUGGUACUGUCAGAAAUCUCUUCGCUUCCUCCCCUUCUCCAGACAUCACGUUCAAGCUCUACACAAAAUCUGCCAACGCCUGCGGUCGGGUCCCUUGGCGGCUUCUGGGGAGACACCUUGAAACUACGAAUCCACAACGCGAGAGCAGCCACAGAGAAGCUUCCAACAGACUCUUCCACUAAUCCUUCUUUUCUGGGCGAAUUAUCAAAAAUUGUUGCUGAAGUAUCAGGCAUCGACCCCGCAGCAGCUGCCAAGCUCACAGAUACUGUUCUGGAUGCUCUUCAUGUGGAUUCGUCCGCUGUUGCUGCAGCCAUACCAAAGGUCCUUGACCAAGGAACAACGGUCAUCAAUGAUCUCAGCAGAGCCUUGGAAGAUAUCACGGAUCCGGCUCUCCUAGCAGUCGUCAAUGAAUUGGCAUUGAUUGUGAGCGCUGUUGCUGGCUACUUGGACAAGCCUCUUUGCGCUGUUGAUCAGGUCGUGGAUGGAACUUCUUUUGAGGAAGUGAUACCUUGUGAUAAGGUUGAAACCGGGUCUCUUACUUCAGUCAGCCAAAUCACAACACUAGCUACCCCUGGUUUGCCUGAAUCGGCUACCAAAACUUCUGAUCCCGAAGAUGUCACCACACCAGCAGCCCCUAAGCCUUAUUCAUCUUCAAAGAAUCAAGCAUCGCCCCUAGACCCAACUCCGCCAUCUACUCCAACAAAUGACAGUCCCACCAAAACGAGCAAUCCACCGCCAACAGAUGAUGAAAACGAAGAAUGUCCAACUUGCCCAUCUUGUGAUAAGACUGAAAGUCCAAGUGUCCACCAACCGCCUGAUCCUUCGAUAGGACCUUGCCCUGGAAGGGGCUUCAGAUGUGACGAAUGUCUUGAUGGAUGGUUCUGCCCUCCACAGGAAACGCCGGCCCAAGUUGUACCGUGUGGGCUUGGAUGGCCGUGCUACCAUUGUUCAGAGGGCUGGUUCUGCGAACUGACAGAAGCAUCUAGUCCAAAGUAUCCUUCAAGCUCUAUAGCGAAACAUUCUUCCAAGGAAACAGGAAGCCCAAGCAAAAGUAGCGAUGCAGCUCCAACAAAGACGCCCAAAUAUGAUAACCUUCCGACAGGUUGGAGCUAUCUGGGAUGUUUUCAAGAUGCAAUCUCUCGAAUAUUGCUUGGCGCCAAGCCCGUUGACUAUCUACAAGGAGAUGUGUCAUCGGAAGAAUGUAUUGAUCACUGUACCUCUGGUGGAUACAAGCUUGCUGGAACAGAGAACGGAAGAGAGUGUUGGUGCGGGUCAUCUAUUCGAGAUGAUGCAGUGCGACUUCCCGAAUCUCAAUGUGGAAAACCUUGCCAAGGCCAGUCGACUGAGCUUUGUGGCGGCAGCUGGGCUAUCGACGUUUUCCUGUGCUCAAACAAAGUUGAAUCUUCUCAAGAGCCAUCUGAGAAUCCUACUGGGAGCUUCAUGUUUCGGCCCUUGUCAAAUCUGAGGGGUGGCAGAGAAAGGACAGAUGGCCAACGUCUUUACGCUGUUGCAUAA